UUGUUGCUAGGGAAGGGAGGGCGAGGUAACAGUGUGCGCGAGAACCUGAGUGAGUGAGAGGGGAGCCUUAUCGCGGAGGCACGGCUAAAGACAACAUUUGCAAAAUGCCGAAUAAAACAAAAAAAGAGAAGGAACCAACCAAAUCUGCAAAAAGCAGCACGAAAAACAGUAAUGCCGGUGGCGCAAAGGAUGCUGGGACUGAAAAUUCAGAAGAGGCCCAGCAGACAGCCAGCAAGCGUCCGAGCAACAGCACUCCACCUCCCACUCAGCUCAACAAAAUUAAGUACUCAGGUGGGACUCAGAUUGUAAAGAAGGAGCGUCGACAGAGUUCGUCACGAUUCAACCUCACCAGGAACCGGGAACUGCAGAAGCUUCCCGCCAUCAAAGAUGCUCCACCCAUGGAUCGAGAAGAACUGUUUGUCCAGAAACUACGGCAGUGCUGUGUGCUUUUCGACUUUGUGACUGAUCCACUAAGUGAUCUCAAGUACAAAGAGGUGAAGCGAGCUGGCCUCAAUGAAAUGGUGGAGUACAUCACACACAACCGUGACGUGGUCACAGAGUCCAUCUACCCUGAAGCUGUCAUCAUGUUUUCUGUAAACUUGUUCAGGACUCUGCCGCCCUCUUCUAACCCCACGGGAGCAGAGUUUGACCCUGAAGAGGACGAACCCACUCUAGAGGCAGCUUGGCCUCAUCUGCAGCUGGUGUAUGAAUUCUUCUUAAGAUUCCUGGAGUCACCUGACUUCCAGCCAAACAUUGCCAAAAAAUACAUCGACCAAAAGUUUGUAAUGUCGCUUCUGGAGCUUUUCGACAGUGAAGAUCCCCGAGAGCGGGACUUCCUGAAAACCAUCCUGCAUCGCAUCUACGGAAAGUUCCUCGGGCUGAGAGCCUACAUUCGCCGGCAGAUCAACAAUAUUUUCUACAGGUUUAUAUACGAGACGGAGCAUCACAAUGGGAUUGCAGAGCUUUUAGAAAUCUUAGGAAGCAUUAUUAAUGGCUUUGCCCUGCCACUGAAAGAGGAACACAAAAUGUUCCUCAUCAGAGUGCUACUACCUUUACACAAAGUCAAGUCUCUCAGCGUCUAUCACCCACAGCUGGCUUACUGUGUGGUGCAGUUUUUGGAAAAGGACAGCAGCCUCACUGAACCCGUGAUUAUGGGCCUGCUGAAGUUCUGGCCUAAGACCCACAGUCCCAAAGAGGUGAUGUUUCUGAAUGAGCUGGAGGAAAUCUUGGAUGUCAUUGAGCCCUCAGAAUUUGUUAAAGUCAUGGAGCCUCUCUUCAGACAGCUGGCCAAGUGUGUAUCAAGUCCGCACUUCCAGGUUGCUGAAAGAGCAUUGUAUUACUGGAACAAUGAGUACAUCAUGAGCCUGAUCAGUGACAAUGCCGCCAAGAUCCUCCCCAUCAUGUUUCCCGCUCUCUACAAGAACUCCAAGAGCCACUGGAACAAGACAAUCCAUGGGCUCAUCUACAAUGCUCUGAAGCUCUUUAUGGAGAUGAACCAGAAGCUGUUUGAUGACUGCACUCAGCAGUACAAGGCUGAGAAGCAGAAAGAGAAGUACAAGCUAAAGGAGCGGGAAGAAAUGUGGCAUAAAAUUGAGGCGCUAGCAAAGCAGAACCCACAGAGUACAAAGAUUCAGCUGCGGCCCGGUCUGGCUCAAGAGGAGUAUAUGAUGUAUAAUGAAGGAGGGAUGCCCCUGUACUCAAUGGAGACAGAGACCCCAACAGUCGAGGACAUCCAGCUGCUGAAGAAGACUGUGGAAACAGAAGCCACACAGGGGGUAAAAGAAAUCAAGAAAGAUAAAGUUUUGAUGAGGCGAAAGUCUGAGCUGCCGCAGGACGUGUAUACUAUAAAAGCCCUGGAAGCUCACAAGCGAGCGGAAGAGUAUCUGACGGCCAACCAGGAAGCCCUCUGACCGGGGAGCACCGCCACCCUCCACCGCGCCCCUCUCAUCUUGGUCCAAAAUCAUCGCCUGCUGUGACCCACCUCUCUAUUCCUCUGCCUCUAUCUAUACUCUUCCUCCCUCACUGUUGGAGAGCCCCGUCUGUAAAAAUCCAGCCCGCAGAGCAGUAGAGAGCCCCCCUGAACUCUGUCCCACCCCCUAUGUGCGCACAAACGCUUUCCAAAGUCUUCACAAACCCAUGGCUGCUGAUCCUCACAUCCAGCUGAAUCUGUUAGAAAGCAGUGUGGGUUACAAAUAAUCAAAGUAUGCUCUUCUCCUGCUUUGUUUUUUCUCCACACUCCACUUCAUUUUGCCCAAUUUAUGCCGUCUCCAUUUGUCCGCAUGCUUCCGUCCCGUUCUUACCCCUGCUUGAGAGCUUCUCCUGUACUCCAGUUCACUGCUGCUGUGAAUCUGUUUGCAAUGAAGGAGCCACACUUAACUAAGUGAAUCAUGUUACUUAAGACGGAGUAACAAGACUGUGACCCGUGUGGGGGCUAUUCUUGACAUUCAAACAAAAAACUACAUGGAGCAACUUGUUCCUUACUAAGAAGCUUUAUGAAAUAAAUGCAAAUUGGAGAUAUGCCCAUCAAUUUCAGAUGCUUUCCUAGAUAUACACCUGAAAUAGUUUCUCGGUAGUGGCCUGUGCUGUAAAAGCUUCAGGUAGUCAUCUGAAGAAGUCAUUUUUGAGUUCACGGCCACAUAUUAAAGAGGCAGAGGCUGAAGAGUUCAACGUCAUCCGUUUGCUGUUUUCCCAGUGAUUGAGUUAAUGAUUGUCAGAAACAAGAAAAAGGGAGAUUUAAGCAAUCAUCUCUAUACACACCACCAGCAGAGCGCUUGAUGAAAAUGCUGUAAAAGUAACGUUAGUAGCGGAAAAGACAAGAAUGUGCUUUAAACGCAUGCACCAAUCUGUGUUUUUAUUUCUUUAACCGAUACCCAUCAGCACGAAACGUCCUUUAUUUUUCACCGCCUAGCGUCAGCAAGGUGUCUUGGUUUGUCUUCAUAGGUUUCUGUGAUGUAUGAAAACUAGACAAGAAUGAAAAACAAACUCCCGUCGAGUCUUUAAAAAGGCUCGGGAACUACUGUCAUGACAAAAAUCAUGUUUUUUUUUUUUUUCUUCACUUUAGCCUAAGCAAUAUUUUUUUUCCAGGAGUUAGAACAGAAUGGAGGACUUGCACUGGUCUAGUGUACGAUCAAGCGCUAUACAAUCCUCCUGGUAGGACUAUAUACUUGCAGAGAAAAGAAACUCGCUUACCUGUCCAGGCUUUAUAUAUGGAAAACCGACAGUCUGCAGUUGCUGUCGCAAAUACUUGUGUACUGUAUAUUGUCAUGUAUACUGCUUAUGAUUGCUUCCUUGCCCACCCCAUACCCUCUUCCUGCCCUAAGUUCAUCUUUUCUUUCAUUCUGUUUGCUUGAUCGACUUCAUUCUGAUGCAUGAUGUCCCCUCUCUGUUGUCACUUUGAUCAUUCCAAUAGUGAGGGAACACUAACUCCUCGCACUGGCUGCUGGACAAUGCAAAACGGCUUCGCAUUUUUAGCUCAAAGGUCUCGCUGUAAUUCACCCAGAUGUCCACUUGCUGUGCAUUCACGCUGCUACACUUCUUCUAUCGCUCCAAACUUGUGCUUUUACAGCCUAUUAGUAUGGAGUGAAGAGGUGAAGUCUCUAAAUCAUUAGCUGUUUGAAGUGUUUUAUCUCCGCCUAUCAGCGUAUGACCUAUCCGUGCAAUCAAGAGCAUGAAUUGCCAACUUUGUUGCCUCUAAAUAAUCGACCAAAACAUUCCAGAAACAAUCAGAGGCAACUUCACUCUUGAACGCAUCAUGCUUCCUUUCUCAGUGCAGCUUGACAGGCGGAUGGGGCCGUGUUCAGCUUGUCCGGCAGCAGCAAGAAACUAAGAACGUAUGGGUCUCUCCACACUCAUCCGUCCCUUUCCCUCCUUCCCAAGUCUGACACUAAUCUCAAGCUGCUUUCCAGGUCAUAUGUACAUAUGUUGUACUUUAAUUAGGUUGAGCAUUACAUAGUAUGAAAGUCAUAUUUUGUACAGAUGUUCAUGUAUGUACAGAACAAAAAUAAAGAAACACAAAAGA